CCGGAUGAGUUACGCCUCUCUUCUAUUUUUCUUCCCGGCGACUACGGGAAAUCUAACUUGGACUCUAAUCAAGUGAGGAGAAAGGUGGAAAAAGAAGAAUCGCCGCCGCGCUACCUCCUCGCUCCGCCACCUGUGCCGCCGGAGUAAAAGAGUUUGGAGUUUCCGCUUCGAUUUGAAUCUUGCGAAUCCGUCAGCUGCAGCAGAACAAAGCUAUGUCGGCACUCUUCAAUUUCCAUUCGUUUCUCACGGUUGUGCUGUUGGUGAUUUGUACUUGUACUUACGUGAAGUUGCACUUCCCAGCCAUACUUGAACACAAAACAGGGUUUCGUGGUUUCUUCUGGAAGGCAGCCAGAAUAGGUGAACGUCUGAGUCCAUGGAUGGGAGCAGGAUGCAUUGCGAUGGGUGUUUCAAUCAUAUUCUUCUGAGCAAUGAACUUUGGGCCUUUGUAUUUGGAAGUACGCCAAUCAUGCAUUCUGAGUAAUUUCCUACUUCUACUGCUUGAUUACCACUUACAGUUACAGAUGUAUCCAUAAGUAAUGUGUUACAGGAUAGAAAAUACUGUUUUCCAUUCAUGUGAUCUCUAGAUUAGAUGUUAAAGCUUCUUUUGGUGUUAGAGACUUUCUUUUUUGCUGUUCCUAUGACUUAGUUUGCUCUUAAAGAACUGAAUUAAAAAAAUCUGACAUUUAGGCAGUUUGUCGAUUGAGGUGAAAGUCAUGUCUUUGUUUCCCCCAUCCUGCUCCCUACAGAAACUAAGCAGAUAAGGCUUCUUUUGUUAAACUAAGGUAGAAAUCAGAGAGGAAUGAUCAUUUGAUUUUUCGAGGUGAUUUAUUUUAUUGCUCCUUGUUAGCCACUGUAUUCAUGUUUCAUGCACAUGAGAUC